UGCAGGAACUGAGGGAAGCGGGAGAUGGCGGGGAAGGAGGAUUACCGCAUAUUCGUCGGCGGAUUGGCGUGGGACGUCACAGAGCGCCAGCUCGAGCGGACUUUCAGCCGUUUCGGGAAGGUCCUCGACUGUCAGAUGGACUUUAGAGAAACUUUCAAUCAGUUCAAUGGCAGCAUCUUGCUGAAGCACAUUGUCAUUUGCUUUGCUAAGUUGUGUCAGAGGGCCUUUCAGUGGCCUAUGUGGCAAUUAUCUGUGCGAGAAAGCUUCUGCAGAUAUUUAGUAUCAGUUGCCAGAGAUGACUCUGAUUUUCUCCAAUGGACUUAGCGGUUCCUCAUGAAGGGAUCUAUGAAUGCAAUCCCCACUGUCUAUUUUUGGGUCAGACCUCACAGAACAAUAUAUUGUUGUAAAAAUGGGUAUGACACUACAAUAUGGGACGGAUAGUCUACAACUACAAGUCAUCCGCAGGAGAUAUCUUGAGAGCUGCGUAUCUGUUUCUGAUGGUAGUGGAAGUGGAAAGCUAUAAGUGUCUGGUUUCCCCUGUUCUUUUGGUUCGUGAGCUUUCCUUGUCCUAGCUUUCUAAAAGAAGACUACCUCGAUCUCUGGGUGGGUUUAUCAGCCUUGGGCCUGCUUUUGCAACACGCACAAGCAACCACAAACCUCCGGUUUCUGGGAUUAGCUGGGCUGAACUUUCAGUUCUUACUCACCUAUUCGGGUACAUGGGUGAUGGGACAUCUACCUCUGUGGCUCCUUUUUGCCGUUAUGGAUCUUUUCUUUAGGAUGAUACAUCGUCAAUUGUGCUGCUUUCUCUGCUUUAAACUUGAAGUUUCGACCAUAUGGAUGAAGCAUAUCGUUGAAGAUCUACUUGAAGCAUGAUUCCUAAGGACCCUAACCUUAUGUGGAAGCUCCAACAAUGAAUUUCAGAUAUAUUUGGCCUGGAGGGAAAGGUUUUACAUGCCUGUGAAAUUCAAUCUACUUUCAGUGGCUAUAUGCACUUAGAGUGGCACGUUGUUGUUAGUGUCCUUGCUCUGUAAGCGCAUCCUUCUAAACUGUUUUCUGUUGAUCAAUGUCAAGGGGAGCCAAUGUUGCUACUCAGAUCAAAAUCAUUCUUGCAGUUUGGCCAACAUCAGUAGCAAUCUAAGCCACAUUUAUCACUUCUUCUGAAUGCCCUUAAAAUUUCAACGGUCAGCUACUUUUUUGUUCCUUGUCUGGCUGGGUGUGCACUCCAUUGGUGUCCCGUGGAUCCUUGAGGGGAAAUUAGUGUUGAGGACUUCUGAGAUAUAUCCACUAGGACUGUGUUCACAUUGUGGACUGUCCCCGGAGCUUCAUGGAUCAUCGGCGAAUCGUAAAUUUGAAAACUUUAUAACCUUUAUCGUAGUUUCCAAUCAUGUUGUGUUUGUGUCAUCCUUAGCCGUAAGCUACAAUAUUCUAUCCUAGACCUUCAUAUCUCGGCAGAGAGUGUGUUAAUGUAAUCCGGUUCUUUGGCAUCUACUCUUAUUUGGUGCAAGAGUGAGGAGCCUGAGUAAUGAUUUAUUGGAGCAGCACAAUGCAUCUGAAGACUAGAGCUAGCACUGCCUUGUUUUCUUGAAAGUGAUACCCAGUCCCUUUCUGAUUAGCAAUUAGAUACAAAGUGCUAGAGCCAGUCACUGUUCAACAAUGCAGAGCACUGAUUUGCGUGAUUGUCUUUACAAUAAUUUGUGACAUCCAACUAAACCUGGGAAGUGCAGGACGUCCAAUCAUCUGAUGGUAACCUUUACUAAGAAGGCUUGGCAUUGUUCACUAAGUUCUGCAUGUGCAGUUGUACAGGUUGAUAGCUGAUAGGUUUAUCCUUCUUAUGGGUUUUUAUUUUUGCUUCUGUCUGAAAGAGAGGUCAGUUUGGACUCUGAUUUGGUGGUGGGCCUGGUAAUUGGGAUAAACUCUGAUAAAGGCAGCAGAACUUGAUGAAUAUAUGGGUUUUAGAUUGGAGGAAGUUGGCUAAUUUGGAAUAGUUUUGUUCAAGGGCCAGAGGAGAUUGAUUUGUCGGAAAGUUUCUUACCUGCUGUCGGACAGUAUCGUGCAGUAGGGUCACAGCACGGUUGUGUCAAAUGAUUGAGAAAAUCAAGUGAUUUGAGAUGUUCUAGCUGCAUUAGGAAGAAGAUGAUGCUUGUAAUGCGGAUAGCUGAUGCUAGACAGGAAAUUUCGUCUGUGGGAGAAGUACAUGGCUGAAAUUCCUUCCAUCAAAUAUAUACAUUUCAGAGAUUUUACUGAGUUAGAAUUUAUUGUUUGUCUGCUUGCCAUGCCUUCUCAUCAUUAUAAACGAAUUGUCUUGGAAAGAGGCACUGGUCGCCCUCGUGGGUUUGGGUUUAUAACCUAUGCUGAUCGUCGUGGAAUGGAAGAUGCUAUACGAGAGAUGCACAAUCGUGAACUUGGUGAUCGCAUAAUAUCUGUGAAUAAGGCCGAACCCAAAAUGAGUGAUGACUUAGACCAUGGAAGCUACAGAGGAAGCUACUCUGGUAGUGGGCGGGGGAAUUACGGAGGGGGAGGAGGGGGAGGAGCGGAGAGGUCCUUCGGGCAGGAUGAGUGCUUCAAGUGUGGGAGGCUGGGCCAUUGGGCCCGGGAUUGCCCUUCGGCCGGUGGUGGUGGUGGGCCGCGAGGAGGAGGUGGUCCACCUCCUCCUUUCUCUUCUCACUCGAGAUAUGGAGCAGCUGGGGAUCGAUUUGGGGAAAGGGAUCGCUACUUAGAUGAUCGAUAUGAUGGAGGUCGAUAUGGAGAUAGGGAUCGAUUCGAUAGCAGAGACGUGAAAUAUUCUGGCCGUGAUCGCUAUGUUGCUGACAGGUAUCCGCCUGCUGGGGACCGCUUUGCAGGUGAUCGAUAUGGUAGCUCGGAUCGAUACCCUCAAAAUGGGUUUGGCAGAGAGAGAGGCUAUGAGAGGGAACCAGGUCCUAGAGGGGGUGCUGAGAGGUACGGGGCUGGAGGGCCCACCCGUACUGAUGAUAGAAGCUACAGGAAUCGCCCCGGACCUUACGACAGGCCUGGUCGGGGAGGCCGGCCGUCCUCAUUCGAGCGCUAUUAGGGUCUUGGAUAUAGGUAUUUCGCUGUUGUUAAAAACUCAAAAAGUGACGUAUAAGUUAGUGUUAUCUUGUACUUAAUGAUGGUAUCUAUGUGCUGUGUGUUGGAACUUUUCUCCAUUUAGGCAGAAGAGAAGUGGAUGUUAGCUUGAUGCUUUGUUCGGUGUCAUUCCGCCUUAAUUAAUUGAUGCAUAUGGUCACUGGCCAGUAGCUUCAGCGAGUUUUUUCUA